AUGCAUCAAAAGAAAUCAGAGGUCCAAAUCGGAAAAGAAAGCGUCGGCGUUUCUUCCGAUUUCAAUCCAACACCACCGAUUCAACACAACCACCACCAGAAUUACCAACGGCAACACCUCUGUCCACGUCAUCACUCUAUUGACAUCUCCCCAACCCAACCUACGCUUCCGCAAAAACAACCUCCGGUUAAUAAACCGCCUUUCAAGCCGCAAAAUACGCCGUUCUUUUCUCUCACCGUCGCAACUUCCUCCGCCGCCUUUCGUAUCCUCCGCCGCCUCAAGAAACACCGUUCCCUCUUUUUAAUAUCUCUCCCGCUUCUCUACCUUUACCUCCUCGCUUCCCGGUCUUUCUUUCUAGAUUUUCUCACCGCUUUGGCCUUUUCCACCGCGUUGCUAUUUUCCCUCAACAUCGCGCUUCCUUCUCUACGUUCUUUUCCUCUUCACCUCACGCUCCGGAAACUUCAUUCGUCGUCUCCGUCUUCGCGAUCGCCUCCUCCUCUUCCUGUUUUCUGGACGAUUGGAUCGCGGCCGAAGUCGGAGAAGCGGUUAGGGUCGGGUUGUUGGGUUCAGGUUUUCGGAAACGGGGAUUUUUACGAAGGGGAGUUUCAUAGAGGGAAGUGUUCUGGGAGUGGUGUGUAUUAUUAUAGUAUGAGUGGGAAAUAUGAAGGGGAUUGGAUUGAUGGGAGAUAUGAUGGAUAUGGUGUUGAGACAUGGGCGCGUGGGAGUCGUUAUAGAGGGCAAUAUCGACAAGGAUUGAGACAUGGGUUUGGUGUUUAUAGGUUUUAUACGGGUGAUGUUUAUGCCGGGGAAUGGUCCAAUGGACAGAGUCAUGGAUGUGGUGUUCAUACUUGUGAAGAUGGGAGUAGAUAUGUUGGAGAGUUUAAAUGGGGUGUUAAACAUGGCCUUGGUCAUUACCAUUUCAGAAACGGAGACACAUAUGCGGGGGAAUACUUUGCCGACAAAAUGCAUGGAUUUGGGGCAUACCGUUUUGCAAAUGGCCAUCGAUAUGAAGGAGCCUGGCAUGAGGGAAGAAGGCAAGGACUUGGUAUGUAUACAUUUAGAAACGGCGAAACCCAGUCUGGUCAUUGGCAAAAUGGAGUCCUCGAUGUUCCAAGCACACAGAACACCAUUUACCCAGUUUCUCCUGUUGGCGUCAAUCAUUCCAAAGUACUAAAUGCUGUGCAGGAAGCAAAACGAGCAGCGGAGAAAGCCUAUGAUGUGGGCAAGGUAGAUGAAAGGGUAAACAGAGCAGUAUCAGCAGCAAAUAGAGCAGCCAAUGCAGCUAGAGUCGCUGCUGUCAAAGCUGUUCAAAAGCAACUGCAUCAUCAUGUCAACAAUGAAAGCUUCCAAAUUCCUGUUAUGUAA